UUGUGUGUAUUCUGCAUCUAUUGAACACAAUCGCUUGUGCCAUGUGGUUUGACUGAUUAAGGAUUGCUAGUAAAACUCUGUAUUAAUUUCGUUUAUUUUUCAUUUUUAUCAUGUCGUUUUUUAUAAAAAAUAAUCGGGGAGGUGGAAGAGUAAAACGUAAGUUCAAUGGUGGUCCAUCUAUGUCGAAACAAUCAAAGAAAAUUGCAAAGAAGUCUAUACCUGAUGAUGAUGAAAGUAUCGCGAGUACAGAUGAAGAGUUUGCAGAAAAAAAUUUAAAAGAUAAAGCUAAAAGAUUUGAAAGCGAGAGUGAGGAAGAAGAAGAAACUGCACAAGAAAAACGUAUAAGACUUGCAAAAAAAUAUAUAGAAGCAAUUGAAAGAAAAGAAAAGGAUAGAGAAGAAUAUGAAGAAGGUGCAGUUUCACGGAGGCUACGUGAAGAAUAUUUAGAAGAGAAAGGUCGAUUAAGGAAAACUAUAGCAGCAAAUUAUGUUGGCCACAAAGAUCUUAUUUCAUUAAAAUGUAAACAGCAUAAAUUGCCUAUCACCUGUAUUUGUCUUUCAACUGAUGGAAGUGUAUUGUACUCAGGAGCUAAAGAUGGGAGUAUAGUUAAAUGGUCAUUAAAGACAAAUACUAAAUUAAUAGCCCUUAAAGGUAGAAAAGGGAAGACAGAAGUCACUUUAAGUUGUUACGUACAAUGUUUAGCAAUUAGCACAGAUGGAAAGUUUCUGGUUGUGGGAGACAAACGCUGUAAUGAUAUAAAAAUACUUUGUGGCGAUACUCUGAAACAUAUAAAAAAUCUACAAGGUCACAGAGGUUCAGUGUCUGGAUUAGUAUUCCGCAAAAACACUCACACUUUGUACUCCGCUUCCACCGAUAGGAGUGUAAAAGUUUGGAAUCUGGAUGAAAUGGCUUAUGUUGAAACUUUCUUUGGACAUCAAACUGGCAUCACGUCUAUCGACGCGCUUUCGCGAGAACGUGCUAUCACGAGCGGAGGUUUUGACAGUAGUAUUAGGAUAUGGAAAAUAGUCGAGGAGUCGCAGUUGAUAUUCCACGGACAUAACGAUAAUCCUAUCGACGAGGUUAAACUUAUUAAUGACGAAAAUUUCUUCAGCUGUAGCAACGAUGGACAACUCUGCGUCUGGAGUUCUUUGAAAAAGAAGCCAUUGUGCUUGGUAACGGAGGCACACGGAAAGGAUAAAACUAAUAACCAACCGCUGUGGAUUUCAAGUAUUGCGGCGUUAUUAAAUACAGAUUUAGUGGCAUCAGGCUCGCAAAAUGGCAGCAUUAAAUUGUGGCAGUGCGGGGAAGGAUUUAAAUCAUUAAAUCUGCUGUUCGAAGUUGAAGUGCCAGGUUUCAUAAACGCACUCGCUUUCACACCCGACGGAAAUCACCUUAUUGCCGGUAUCGGUAAGGAACACAAAAACGGUAGUUGGUGGCGAAUAGCAAGCGCGAAAAAUUGUAUUGUCGUUAUACCAUUAAUACAUAAUGAGAAAUAUAAAUAAUUGAGUUAAGAUCGUUAUGUAUAUAUAUUUUUUAAUAAAUAACAAAUAUACAAGAA